AUGUCUGAAGAAACAUCUACCUCCACCGCUCCUAAGCGGUCUGCCAAAGAGCACCCCCAGGCACACAUCUCCCGUUUCUGGCAACGGUUCCACCACAGGACUCCCGGCAAGAUCACCUCCAUCUUCCCCCGCGAGCUCUACAAGACCAUCGACCCGGAGUUCGUGCCCGCCUCGGCCCGGGUCCGCAACGCCGCCCGGAGCUAUGAGCUCGCCCGCUCCAAGUGCAUCGAGAUGGUCAGGGAGACGGUCGAGCACUGCGAGAGCAUCAACAGCAGCUUCUGUGACCCGGAAUUUGACCUCGAGAGCGACUUCUACCUGUCGACGGACGACUGCAUCCACGGUCUCGUGCGGCCCGACACGGAGCCCGAGGCACCGCCCACACGACCGGGCUCCGUCCAUCGCGUGCCGUGGAUCUUCGAGAACCCUCAGUUCACAGUCGAUGGGUUCUCCGGGUCUGAUAUCAUGCAGGGCCGCGUCGGGAACUGCUGGUGGCUCGCUGGGAUCGGAACCGUGGCCCACCGGAAGGAUCUGAUGAACAAGGUCUGUGUAGCCCGUGACGAGGAGUGCGGCGUGUAUGGCUUCGUGUUCUUCAGGGAUGGAGAGUGGGUUCCGACCGUCAUUGAUGAUAACCUCUACUUGAAUGAUAAGGACUAUACUAGGAGCAGGGACUACGAUGCCAGCGGCAAGCAGGCGAGGCAGUGGAGGAAACGCUACCAGACCGGUUCGGAGGCUCUAUACUGUGGCAAGUGUGAGGAUGAAAAUGAGACGUGGCUGCCCCUGCUCGAAAAGGCUUUUGCCAAAAUCCAUGGUGACUACCAGGCCAUUUGGGGCGGUUGGGUCGGGGAUGCGGUUGAAGACCUUACCGGAGGAGUCACGAGCUGCAGUCUCGCCAGUCGUGUGCUUCGCAAGGACAAGCUCUGGCGGGAGCUCGUCCAGGUCGAUCAGGACCAUGGCGAGUUCGUGUAUGGCCUCUCAGCUGGCUAUAAUGCUGAGGCGACGGAGCACAACGGUAUUGUUCUGAACCACGCGUAUGCCAUCGUGCGGGCGGUUGAGGUUGAAGAUGAAAGAGGAAAGCGGGUAAAGCUUCUCAAGAUCAGAAAUCCCUGGGGCCGAAAUUACGGUUCAGGAUUGGGCGAGUGGCAUGGCCCUUGGUCCGAUGGAUCUAAGGAGUGGAAUGGAGAAAUGAUCAGGAAGCUCCGUCAUGAAUUUGGCGACGAUGGCGUUUUCUGGAUGACCCUCGAGGAUAUGCUGAGCAAUUUCAAGUGGCUCCAUCGGACACGCCUUUUCGAUGAGAGGUGGACUGUUGCUCAGCAAUGGACGAGUGUCCCGAUCGCCUGGGUUCCAGGAUUCCUCAAGACCAAGUUCAUUGUCGAGGUUGAGCAAGAAGGUAUCGUGGUAAUUGUUCUAUCAAAACUUGACGAGCGAUAUUUCCGCGGCCUUGAUGGCCGGUACGGGUAUUGCUUGGAAUUCAUUGUUCGUGCUUCUGGAUCUGAGAAGAAAGUCGCGGAAGCUAGGUCCAACAAGGUCAUCAAGGAUAGCCGUUCCGUCAACUGUGAGGUACACCUCAAGCCUGGAACUUACGAGGUCAUCCCCAAGGUCCUUGCCCAAGAGUGUGGUUGGAAGCGCCCAGUGGAGGAUGUUAUUAAGGAGUAUGCAACGAGGAACCCUGUUAAGCUUCAGCAACAGGGUAUCCAAUACGAUAUCGCUCACGCGAAGGUCGGGGUGCUUGAUGAGGAUGAGGUACAUAUCAAGAAAAUGGAAGAAGAGAAGGCAAAGAAGAAGGAGAAAAAGAAGAAGGAGGCGAAGAAGGAAGGAGAGAAUAGCGAGAUGAAGGAGGCAAUGGAGAAAAUGCAAGCCGCCAUGGCAGUCAUGCAGGCACAGCUUGAGAAGAAUGAGAAGAAGAAGGCCGAAGAUGAGAAAAGAAAUGGCGAAGAUGAGAACAAGAAGGAAGAGGCCCCCGCAAAGAAUGAGAAGGCGGAAACUGAACCAGAUGCAAAGGACAAGACAGAAGCUGAAUCUGCGGCACAGACCUCUCCAAAUGCCAGCGAGGGCGACAAAGAGGAGGAAAAGAAAGAAGAAGGGUCACUGGAAAAGGAGAAGAAAGAGGAAGAGGAGAAGCAGAAGCAGAAGGAGGAGAAGGAGAAGGAAGGCAAGAGCGAUGAGGAGGACGACGAUGAUGAUGACGACGACGACGAAAAGGAUGAUGACUCAGAUGACAAGGAAGGAAGGCUACCAUGGAAUCCCGUGUGUGUUAUGGGACUGCGUGUCUAUGCAGAGGAUAAGCAGGUCACCAUCAAGGUUGUGAAAGGCGAAGAGUAG